CAGUUGACCGUUGAGAACGACAGAUAACAGUUGCUGAGGUAGUCGUGGGCUGUGCGUAGUAGUUUGUUACAACAAUCAAACAAAACAAACUACAAGCCCAAUUUCCACACUUUUUUUAACAAAAAAAAACUGAUAAUUCAACGAGUUAUAUACUCGAAAAUAGAAAAAGGGCGAAAAAGAAAGUGUUAAGCGGAUUGUCGAGGGGUGUGAGUCGGUCAAGCUGCCUGUCCGAGAGCCGUCGCGUCGGGACAUGAACCAGAGAAAGCCAGUGACAAAGAAAAAAACGGAAAAGAUUGUAAAAAGGUAGACGCUUAAAGGUAGAAACAUCACCGUUAAACGGCCAAGUUUGCUCUUUGUUUCCUCGUCGAGAAGACGAUGUGAAGGAGAAGAUUAGAGAGAGAGAGAAGCUAAUGCUACAAGAAGAGAGGAUGUGUGGGAGGGGCGUGAUGUGCCGCGGGGACAUCCAGAGCAACGAGCUGGUUGACGAGUCGAAAAGAGCCAAGCACAGCUGGCACAAACGCGGAAGAAGGCGAUGGCACAGUGACAGGAAAGAGCACCGUUUAGUUUUCCGCCGCAAUCCAACGAGACCACGACGCUCUCCGGUCUCGACGUCGCUGCGACCGGCAAACGUACGCGGCAGGCGCGCGCCAGGGAUGCGCGCUCCCCGCAACACCAACCAGUUCCUCAUGCACGAGAAGUACCAGCUCAUGCACAUGCGCUCAGACUCGGUCGGCACUGACAGCUGCUCUGACUGCGAGCUGGACCCUGCAGACAUGGACUCGUACCUCGGGGUGCUUGAGAACGCCAGGGGCGCUCUGUUAGACAGUCCAGAGCUCCCGUUCACAACCAGUGAGACGUUUCACUUGUUCACGUUCCCUGAACCGGAGCGUGAAGACAGCAUGCAGUACUUUCCGUCCGAGAACGACGUGUUACAGAGCGAAGAUUUCAUGCAAAGGGACUUUAAACAGUUUUGUGACGCCGUGGCUUGUACAUAAACAAUCGCCACAGGUAAACUGCCCGGUGUGCAUUGGUUAUUCGUUUCAUCAGAGUAUCUGUUAACUAUGUUGUAAUGGCAUGCUAUUAUAUAUCUUUUUUUUUUUUACUGUACAAUGUUUAUUUUGUAACAGAAGUAAAACAGUGAAGUGGGAGUGGCAGAGCAGCCAAUCAGAUUCGAGAUCACUCAAUUCCUCCUCACAGCUUCUUAAAUCCCUGACAGACUACUGCAGGGUAAAAGAAGCCCUCUUACCCCCGAGUGGUACAUUUGUUUUACGGAUUAGGAAGCCACUUGAGCUUCAACCUUUAUCUUACUGUUUAUGUGGCGCUUUGUAAACUGAAAUAAAAUGACUUUUGUAUGUAA